AGUCAUCGUAAGUCAUCGUACAUUUAGUAUGUCGAAAAAAAACUUGUGGUCAUGAUGUAUCAUGUCAAUAAAAGGAAUGAAUUUCAGUGUAUUAUCUGUAAAGUAUCUGGUUACCUUUGUCGCCCCCUGGUGGAUGACACAAAGGGUUUCCUCAAAGUCACGUGAUUUCUGGGAAAAGGAGCGCCUCGCGGAGAGACAGCAGCGUCCAGACCGCAGCCCGUGAGCAGUCUCAGUCCGCGGCACGGGAGGAAACAAAACCGAGUCUUAAAGAGCCAUGGCAGGAGCGAGAACACGCUCCACGCGCAGACUGCGCUCGUGGAUCGUCGAACAGGUCAGCAGUGAGAAAUUCCCAGGGCUGAUGUGGGACGACGAUGCAAAAACGAUGUUCCGCAUCCCGUGGAAACACGCAGGGAAACAGGACUUCCGUAAAGACGAGGACGCCGCCAUCUUCAAGGCGUGGGCCGUGUUCAAAGGCAAGCUGACGGACGGGAGCCAGGACAACCCGGCCUCCUGGAAGACGCGCCUGCGCUGCGCCCUCAACAAGAGCACCGAGUUCAUGGAGGUGAUGGAGCGAGCCCAGCUGGACAUCUCCGAGCCCUACAAGGUGUACCGCCUGGUGCCCGUCAGCGAGCAGAAUGUGAUGGCUCCAGAAAAGAAAUGCAGAGCAAAAGUCGCCAAGAGGUCUAAGAGGAGGAGGAGGAGCAGCAGCGACGACGACGACGAUGACGAGAGCAGCGACGCCAGCCAGGUCAAGCAGAUAAAGGAGGAGGAGGUCACCUCACAGCUGUGUGUUGAAGAGGAUCUGUGGACGGUCCCGCCCUGCAGAGACAGAGGACCCCCGCUCAACCACACCACCAGCAGCACCACACACAGAGACGUGGUUAAUGAAUUUACGUUGGACGUGCGGUUCGAGGGCAUCUCUGCUCCAGUAGGAGAUGAGGAUUCCUUCGGUGUGGUGGUUCAAUAUUUAGGACAGGAGGUUCUUAAACGUCACAUCCAGAGAAACGACAUCAGGAUUCUGUACUUGCCUCCGUCCUCGGUCCCCCCAGCGCCGGCCGUCCUGAAGGGCCGGUUCCCUCGCGUCCCGCUGCCGAAGCCCCCCCCCUCGCUGCCCGCGGGCCCCGAGCUGCAGGCCCUGUUCACCCUGCUGCCCUUCAUGGAGAGGGGGGUGGUGCUGACCUCCACCCCGGGGGGGGUCUACGGCAAACGCCUGUGCCAGGGGAGGGUCUUCUGGACGGGGCCGCACUGCACCACCCCGGGGCUGCACAAGAUGGAGAGGAACACGGAGCCCGUGAAGCUCUUCUGCAAAGAAACGUUCAAACAACAACUACACAACUCCCGUAUAAGCGGCGCCGAUCCUCCUCAGUGCGGCAUCACUCUGUGUUUUGGAGAAGAGCUGAGUAACAAUGAAGACCCGUCUAGCAAACUCAUUAUGUUCAAGAUCAACUUCCCCUGGGCGGAGCAGCAGGUGCAGAACACGCAGGCCUUAUUCGAGUCCCUGAGCAUGCUGCACUCUCUGGCCUCUCAGUCUCCUCUGGGGGAGAUCACUCUGAACCUGGUCACCGUGUCGCCCUCCGACCCCGACGUCUUCUCCUGUGGGACCGACUGAGCACCGUGUCUGCACGAAGGGGGGGUGUAACUCCAAAAAAAGAGUAUACAGGGCUGAGCAACAUGUCCACAUUUAACCUUAUCGUCUCAAAUGGUCAAAACUCCUGAUUAAUCACAGAGUCUAAAUUCUCCCAGAAAUGUUUUUGAUAUCAAAAUAAGAGCUUGUUUUGUAAUAACAGACGUGUUAUCGCUCUGUCCUUAUAUACAUAUAGCACAAAUCGCACUUAUGAAAGCUUAAACACUUUUUUUAAACUGGAGAUAAAAUCUUCAGCUUUUUUUGGUUUUACCCUGAGUUUGUGAACUGGAAGCACUACACAUUUAAACAGUCUUCAGAGCUGCACUAAAAAGUAGAUCCACAACAUUUUCCAUUUCUAUAAAUCAGUGAAUUCUUUCCGUUAUUCUUCACACAAACAUUUUCUGAUUCCAGCUUCUCAAAUGUUACUAUCUACAUGUUCUCUUGAUAUGGCUGUCGUGGUAGUAUCUUGGACUGUUAUCGACCAAAACAUGUAAUAACUUCAAUAUGUUUUUGUUUUUUUACAGUGUUUUAACGUAUGCUACAGACUUAAAAUGUAAUUUGAAAAAUAUCAUAAAUGCAGCUUUAGUUAUAGUAAAUAUUAAGGGAAACAUACCCUACUCAGAUAAGUUACAAUAAAAACACCAAGUAGUUCAGUAGAGUAGUGAACAAGAAUAUGUAACCGAAAUAAUAACCACUUUUUUUUAAUGUUAUGUCUGUUAGUUAACUCCCAAAUCUUAGGGUUCUCAUUCAUCAUGUUAGGUUGUUGUAGUUAAACACAAACAGUUACACAUUUACGAUAACUGGGUUGUAUUUUUAAAGGUCAAAAAAAGUUUUUACACUGCUGUUAAAAAAUAUGUUAUCAAAGUUGCCAAAAUGACAAGUUGUACCCCAGUUAACCUUAAUGUACCUUUAUGGAGGGAAUACGAUUAAGCUUGGGAUUAGUUUUUUGAGAGUCCUGACUCUGCUCUAUGACAUGAAACUGUUUUACAAUAGUUGUUAGGUAAUGGAGAAACAGAAACAGUCCUCCGUUCCAAUACAAAGUCUUGCAGUACAAACAGUCUGCUGACGCGUCGAAUAUUUAGCAUUUAAUAUAUAUUGUUUUAAAAUAUAGAUUUAAAGAUAAUAACUAUCAACUAAAUAUCCUGGGUUGUACACUAUGCCGUAACUGUAUGCAGAUAUAAUGGACAUGUUUAAGUGUUUAUCAAUGUUUUUAGUAUUGUCAGUACUUCUCCUUUCAAGACAUAUUUUUUAUAUACAUGUGUAGGUAGUCUGUUUAUACAGGAACCCCCCACUCUUGGGUGCCACACAGGAAGUCAUAUGUUUUUGACAAAUAC